CCCUAUGUGACUUCUGACUGUAGGAGGGCAGUCAUCGAAGUCCACCGUCCGCAACUGAAAGUCCCCACCCCUGCUCUCGACGGGAACGCGCCUCCUAUGACACACUCUACUACGAACGCAGUCAACACGCACGGACUGACCCAGCUUUGCCAGGCGCACAGUCGAAAUUCCAGGCAGGAAGUUGUGUUCUGGGACUUGGCGGAGAAAACAACCAGUUGAUCUUACACGCGGCAGGAUUUACAAGAACAAACGUGUUGAAGAGCGGCACUUGAGUGGAAUACGUUAUACGUUACUGGAGGGAAUAUGGACUAAUGUUGGUUGCGCUCGAUGGAGGCGGCGAGAACUUUAGUGCUUCUCUGGGUUCUGAUUUUUGGAGUUCCGCGAACGGCUGCCAAAGUAUGUCUGGGCACAGAUAUGAAGACGUCUCUGCUGUCCAGUCAGGACAAUCACUAUGAGAUACUCAGGCAGCUCUACACCAACUGCCGCAUCGUCCAUGGCAACCUGGAGAUCACACACCUGCGUGGCAGCCCAGACCUCUCCUUCCUACAGAAUAUUGUGGAGGUGCAGGGCUAUGUGCUGGUGUAUAACGUAUCAGUGGGCGUGAUUCCUCUGGACAAUCUACGCAUCAUCCGAGGCAGUCAGCUCUUCAACACCAGCUACUCACUGGCCGUCCUGGAGAACGAACAACUCACCCAGCUGAGACUGCGCAGCCUCACAGAGAUCCUGUUGGGUGGCGUUGACAUCCAGAGGAACCCGCAGCUCUGCUACCCCGACCCCGGCCUCAUAGAAUGGGACGACACCCUGGACACUAUGAACAAGUACAGACACCUGCGACACCUGCAGCCUGUGCCAGCAGCCAGCUGUCCAGGCUGUGACUCCAAAUGUGGACCAAAAGGAUGCUGGGGAGGCACUGAAAAUGACUGCCAAAUAUUAACUGCGCGCUGUGCAGGUUGUCUGCGCUGUAAAGGUGCAAACUCUAGUGACUGUUGCCACACACAGUGUGCUGCUGGCUGUACCGGACCCAGAGACACAGACUGCUUUGUGUGUCGUCACUUCAACAACGAUGGUGUCUGUAAGGAGAGCUGCCCCCCUCCCACCAUCUACGACUCCAAUAUCUACCAGUCCAAGCCCAACCCAGACAAGAAGCUCAACUUUGGUGCCACCUGCGUCAAAACCUGCCCCUUUAACUAUCUAGCCAUGGAGGUGGCCUGCACACUCGUUUGCCCCCAGGACAACCAGGAAGUCAUCAUUCCACAGCCUAAUGGUGCAGAGAUACAGAAAUGUGAAAAAUGUGAAAACUGCCACGAAGUGUGCCAUGGGCUGGGUAUGGGCUCCCUUCAGGGGGUGUCUGCUGUGAACUCCUCCAACAUCGACCUCUUCCGUGACUGCAAGAAAAUCUACGGCAGCCUGGCCUUCCUCAGCCAGUCUUUCCAGGGAGACCCAGCGUCCAACCUGACAGGUCUUCUCCCAGACCAGCUGGAGGUGUUCAGGAAUCUAGAGGAGAUCACAGGAUAUUUGUACAUCGAUGACUGGCCAGCGGAUAUGAAAAAUCUGAGUGUGUUUGAGAACCUGAAGUUGAUCCGAGGAAGGAUGCUUUACAAGGGUGUGUUGUCUCUGGGCGUGCAGUCGCUCCACGUGGAGUCCCUGGGCUUGCGCUCGCUGGAGCGCGUCAACGGCGGCCUGGUGCUGAUCUCCGACAACCCGCAGCUGUGCCACGUGCGCUCCGUGCCCUGGGACGCCAUCGUCACGCCCGCGCACAGCAGCGUCAUCAGCAACGCCAACCGAGACCCUCAGGCCUGUGAGGCGGAGGGUCGUGUCUGCCAUGCCCUGUGUGGCACAGGAGGGUGCUGGGGCUCCGGCCCAGACCAGUGUGUCCAGUGUGUGUCCUUUCAGCGCGGGACCGAGUGUGUGGAGGAGUGCAACGUCCUGGAGGGGUCUGUGCGGGAGUUCACUGACGGCAGUCGCUGUGUUCCCUGUCACUCAGAAUGUCAACCAAUCAACGGUUCAGCUUCCUGUGAUGGACCGGGGGCGAACCAGUGCAGGGAGUGCCUGACGGUGCAGGACGGGGCCAUGUGUGUGAGCAAGUGCCCCAGUGGCGUAAAGGAGGAGCAGCACACCGUGUGGAAGUACCCCAACGCCACGGGCCACUGCCAGUCCUGCAACACCAACUGCACCCUGUCGUGUCCACUGGAUGAACGUGGCUGUCCCAUCGCAGUCAAAUCAGGGUCCGGCACGUCUAUCGCGGCGGCAGUGGGUGGCGUCCUGCUCUGUAUCAUCCUCCUGAUGCUGCUGGUGUUCUACAUGCGCCGCAAGAGGCACCUGAAGAGGAAGGAGCACAGGAGGAGGAUCAUGCAGGAGCACGAGCUGGUGGAGCCCCUGACCCCGAGCGGAGCCACGCCCAACCAGGCCCAGAUGCGCAUCCUCAAGGAGACCGAGCUCAAGAAGCUCCGCGUCCUCGGAUCUGGAGCCUUCGGCACUGUCUACAAGGGUAUCUGGGCCC